AUGCCUUCUUCACCCUCGAGAGCCCCCUUGGGGGCGAAAAAGCGCCAUGAAAAGAGCUCUAAGAAGAGCAAAAUAACAAAGCGCGAGUCACACAAAUUGCCCAAGUCCACAGCGCCUGUGAUAAAGACCGAGACAGACGAGAACGGCGAAACUCAAUCCGCUUGGAAUCCGAAUCGAGGAAUCUUUGAGCGUUUUAUGCGACAAGAAGUUGGUGAGCCUUCACGAGAAGAGCCAGUCGUCCUCAACAACAACCUCGAUCACGACAACCGAGGGGUGACGAAAUCUGAGGUUGCAAAGACAGUUGCCCAACAAAUUGUCUGCUCAAACACAGCCGGUAGCACCCAGCCUGCUCCACCAGAGAACUACCAGAAUAAACCCGAUGUGGCUAAAGCCUCAAACAAUUCAGACGCAACUGUUAAAAUAGAGGGUAAUCUUCCGCAAGGAAUGAAAGAGAUUCCUAGCAGUGUUCAAGAACCAAUCGACAAGAUCAGCCAAACAGAGAGUAUUGGCCAAGUUGAACUGCAAAAUGAUGGCGAUGUUGCAGUUCAACAGUCAACUACUAAGCAUGGCGAGGCAAAUCUUCAGCAGGUUCAGAACAAUGAUGAUUCGCCAAGAGAGCUUCCUAAGCAGGAAGAACAGAGCAAAGUCAAAGGUGAGAAACAAAUCCAAGAUGGAACCUCGGAAAGGGAUGCUGCAACAUCAAAGUGUGAUGAGAUGACAGAUGUUGAUCCAUCCACCAUCUCUGCUGACCCUAUUGCGACUCCGGAGAAAUCUCACAAGAAGAGCGGAAAGAAGCGCAAGCACAAGCAUUCCCGCAAACGAUCUAAAUCUCGCGAUCGUUCAAAAUCACACAAAAGAAGAAAAGGAUCAGAGACAUUCGUCCCUAAUCAUCAACGAGAUGAUUGCGAAAGCAGUGGUGAUGAGGAACAGUCGCAAAACGGGUUCGACGUCGAGCAGGCAAGGGCAAGGAUCCCUAAAGGGUGCAGCAUCCGGCAUGAAGGAGAACAAAAGGAGGAACUGAGAGAUGGGAAAAAGAUUGCCAAUUCAAAGAAGUUUACCAAGGUGUUCCGGUCUACCCUCGAGGAUCACCAGUUGACCGCGCUGUCUUGGAUGGUGAACAGGGAGAAAGAUGAGACGCGAACAGUUGAUGGGGGCAUAUUAGCUGAUAAGAUGGGAAUGGGAAAAACGGUUACGAGCUUGGCAUGCAUUGCGGCUAAUAGGCCACCUAAGAAGGAUCGAAAGAUAUCCGCUCAGGCGACACUUGUUAUUGUGCCCAACAGAACAGUUGCCAACCAGUGGCUAGCGGAGGCCAAGAAGCUUAUCAAGUGUAGUCUUGCAACAUAUGCCCAAGUGCGAAAUUCUUUCCCGAGCCAAGAGGUUAUGGAAUCUCUGCAUGCUCAAUAUGCGGACGACCAGCGUUGGCUUAGGCAAGAGUUCAAAAACAGAGCAAAGUUCUUGUUCCGUAUCAACUGGUUCAGGGUAAUUUUAGAUGAAGGCCAUACAGCUACCAAGUGGAACGGACGCACCUUGGAUGCGUGUACUCGCAUCCAGGCCAAGCACUGGUGGGUCUUGACCGGCACUCCUGUCCAGAACAAGCCAAUGGAGUUUUAUUCGUAUGCAACUUUAGUCUGCUGUGAGUACCGAGGCACGCGACGAGUCUUCAGAAAUGAUUACAUGGUCAAGGAUGCCAUGGAGGUCACAAAUGAGGACUUUGACUCUUUCCUCAGCACUCUUGUGUAUCGGAGAACUGGAGAUGGGAAGCUCAACAUUCCGCCGACAACUCACCGAGAGGUAUAUAUCGAAGUUUCGCAAGAAGAGCAAAUUAUAUGCAAGUACGCUCUUGAAGAGAAGAACAAGAAAGAUAAAGAGCGGGCGGGGAUGCCCAUUUACGAAAACGAACAAGACGAAGACGAGGUGGAAGAUGUUAAGCCAGAGGAAGAAGACGAAGAAGAUGACGAAGACGAAGACGAAGGCGCAGUGAAAAAGGGUAAGAAGUCCAAAUUCCAGUCACAGGCCCAUUUGCGUCUGAGGCAGGCUCUGUCUCAUCCAUACUGCCUAGAGAGGUUUUUCUUGGGGAAUAAACUCAGCGAAGAUGAACUCAAGUCACUGGCUUCGGAUUUGAAUUCAAUGAGCGACAAGAAGACUGUCAUUGAGCAGCUCGAAGCAGAUGAAAAAUGGACAGAACAUCUCGGCCAAUACCAAAAGGGCCUUGAUAUACUCAAAUCCCACAAGGAAGCCAAGCUCAUGGAUCUUAUCAUUCUCCAACGCACUGUCAAUGUACAGAAGUGUGGCGGCGCUGCUUGCACAUCUCAGAACCUCUCUCGUUUCCAGUGUGGCCACAUGUACUGCGAUGAAUGCUUCGGCCGGUUAACGAUACGGAUGAGCAGCUUGUCGGAAGCAGGGCAAUCAGGCUACCUCAAAUGCUCCUCCGAUGGUUGUGGUGAGGACCUUCGGUUUGUGGAGCGAGUGACUACUCUGAGACAGCUCGCCUUCAUGGCGAACCAGGACAAGGGCUAUGUGGAGAUUGGGAGAGAUUCGCUCAAAAAUACUGUCCACGCGAGACAAGAGCGAUCUCCGUUUUUUAUUGCCAGCUCCUACACUUACGGCCCACGGAUUGUCCCUCCACCGAGUUCGAGGCUAACGGCGACAAUGGCCGUUGUUAUGACUUGGCUGACCGAGGCGCCCCAAGACAAAAUUAUCAUUUUUACGCAGUUUGUUACGACGCUCAAGAUGGUGGGCUAUCAGCUUGAGACUCUGGGUAUUAAAUUUGUGUACUAUGCCGGCACGUUGUCGGGGCGCGGGCAGGAACACGCAAUGCAUGCGUUCCAUAAUGAUCCAGAGACGAUGGUCAUGGUCUCCACCUUGAAGAGCGGCGGCCAGUCGCACAAUCUCACUGUGGCGAACCGCGUUAUUAUCGUCGACCUUUGGUGGAACAAGGAGGCCGAGAGGCAGGCCAUCGGCCGCGUGGUCCGGAUAGGCCAGAAGAAAGAAACAUUUUCGGUGCGAAUCGUCACGAAUCACGGUAUGGAUGAUCGUCUUAUCAAAGUUCAGACGGGUAAGGAGGCAAUGGUCGCCCGAAUGCUCCAGGAUGAUGGACAUGAAAGAACGGAGGUUGACGAUGAGCGCCUCGAACAGAUCUUUGAGCGAAAGGAAGGCGAAGAAUCAAGAUCGAGAAAACGAAAGAGAAGAGAAGACCCGCUUGAAUCGAGAGGGGGCAAUGAUAUGGCGUUUUAA